CCUCCGGAGGCGCCUUUCUCAACGGCGCAAAGGAACGGCUUCAAAAGGGGGAAUUUCCCCCGCCGAGAACCCGGAAUCUUCCCCCAGCCCGCGCGCGCGACCCGCCGUUGCGCCGCGGCCCGCGGACAAUCCUUCAUAUACAGACUGCGUCACUUGGACUCUUCCAUUUUUAUUCUACUCAACCAGCUUAGCAGGGUUUCAAGAACAGUAUUUAUAAAUUUCCAGCAUGUUGGAUCUUAGUUCCGGACCAGAGGGUGAACCCGAGCCGCCUGUGUUGUAAGUGUGGAGUCUUAAGCACUGGACUGCAAAAAUGGAGAUCUCCUCUCAUCAGUCUCACCUCCUGCAACAACUGAAUGAGCAGCGCAGGCAGGAUGUAUUUUGUGACUGCAGUAUUCUGGUUGAAGGGAAGGUCUUCAAAGCCCAUCGAAAUGUCUUAUUUGCUAGUAGCGGCUACUUUAAAAUGCUUCUUUCUCAGAACUCCAAGGAGACAAGUCAGCCGACUACAGCGACAUUUCAGGCCUUCUCCCCUGACACUUUUACAGUUAUCCUGGACUUUGUCUAUUCCGGCAAGCUCUCUCUCACGGGUCAGAAUGUCAUAGAAGUGAUGUCAGCUGCUAGCUUCCUUCAGAUGACUGAUGUCAUCAGUGUAUGUAAGACCUUUAUUAAAUCUUCGUUAGACAUUAGUGAGAAAGAAAAGGAUCGCUAUUUCAGCCUCUCUGAUAAAGAUGCCAAUUCUAAUGGUAUAGAACGCUCCUCUUUUUAUAGCAGUGGAUGGCAAGAUGAAAGCAGUUCUCCUCGUUCUCACCUAAGCCCAGAUCAAGGAACAGGUAUAAUAAGCGGGAAAUCUUGGAGUAAGUAUAAUUACCAUCCAGCCUCCCAAAGGAAUACUCAACAGCCUCUGGCCAAGCAUGAACAAAGGAAAGAUUCCAUUAAAAAGUCCAAACAUUUGAGGUUGUCACAGCCCUCUGAAAUGGCUCAUUAUAAGUCAAGCAAACGAGAAGCACGGACAUCUGAUUCUUCCAGCCACGUUUCCCAGUCUGAAGAACAGGCACAGAUGAAUGUGGAAAUGGACUCUACUCCUGUUAGCUAUCAGUAUGGUCAAGGAUCUGAUGUCACGUCAAGAAGUUUUCCAGAUGACCUGCCCAGGAUGAGGUUCAAGUGUCCGUACUGCACACACGUGGUGAAGCGGAAGGCAGACCUCAAGCGCCAUCUUCGUUGUCACACUGGAGAAAGACCCUACCCCUGUCAAGCUUGUGGGAAAAGAUUUAGCCGGCUCGACCAUCUAAGUAGCCAUUUUCGAACAAUUCACCAGGCAUGCAAACUUAUCUGCAGAAAAUGCAAGCGCCACGUGACUGAUCUAACAGGUCAAGUGGUCCAGGAAGGAACCAGGCGCUACAGACUCUGCAAUGAGUGCCUUGCUGAAGUUGGCAUAGACAGCCUCCCCAUUGAUCUGGAAGCUGAACAGCACCUUAUGUCCCCAUCAGAUGGAGAUAAGGAUUCCAGAUGGCACAUGGGUGAAGAUGAGAACAGAUCCUACGUGGAGAUAGUCGAGGAUGGGUCUGCUGAUCUGGUCAUACAACAGGUGGAUGAUAGUGAAGAAGAAGAAGAAAAGGAAAUAAAGCCCAACAUCAGGUAGCUGGAAUGUGAACCAACAGAGCCUACAGCUUACACUGACGUUCUUGUGUCACUCUUUCCACAGUCAGAGUCUAAUCAACAAAUUAUCAGAUCAACUUAAAAGUAAUGACCCGACACCACUUGCAUGCUUUCUGAACAGGCCAUUGUAUCCAUUCUGAACUUUACCGCCCUAAAAUCUGUUGCUGCACUAGAAAGAAAGACCUAGCUUGAGUUGACUCGCUGGAUGAACAGUUAAUCCUCUUACUUUUAUUGUGUUACAGAAAUACCUUUUUUAAAAAAAUAUUGAAAAAUCUACUUAGGGAACUUUUUUCAAAGAAAAUAUUUUCAAUAAAUUCACCACAACCAAACUUUAUAUAAAAUAAUUUCAAAGUGUUUCAAAAAUAUGUGAACUACCACUAUUGAAUUUUCACAGGGAACUAGGUCAGAGCACAUUUAAGGGUCUGGAAACCUACCUGACUUAACUAAUUAGACUUUCUGUUAACUUCGGAUCUAAAACGACCUAUCAUUAUUCCAUUAUCCUAAGUGUUUUAGGAUUAUGGCAGAAGGCAAGUCUAAAAUGUUUGAAGUCGUUUAUAUUUGAAAUUUUUGUCAUUAAAUUAGAAGUUACUCUUAUGUAGUCAGUAUUUAAAAAAAAAAAAACAUGGAAGCUGACCAGAGCUUAUAUAUAGACAUCAUUUUCUUAAAGCAGGAACCUAAUAUUGUCAACGUAGUUUUUGAAGACUGGUCAAUAUAGCUAUCUUCCUCUCUAAAGAAAAAAAGGAAAAUGAAAACUGGAGGUUCUUACCAGUUCUUAAGAGUAAUUUCCUACAUUUAUAUACUGCUCUAUUAUUUAUAAAGUGCUCUUUCUUGCAUUUCCCCACCUAAUCAGCAAGGUAGAUAGCACUGUCUCUGAUGUACAAAUAAGGAAAUUAAGGUCAGAAAGUGUAAGUGGUGGGACCAGAGAUUGGACAGGUUUUGAUUUUAAAUAGCCCUCUUUCAACUGUCUCUCCUUGAAUUGUCAAACCUCACCAAUCUGCAAUAAUUAUAAAAGAAGCCUAUGAGAAUGAGAACGUAUGAAAGAAGAGGAAUUUAAUCAUCUUCGACAACAUAUAAUACCUUGCACUAGAGCUAUUCAAGAAGUGUCGAGCAAUGUCCCUACAGUAUCUAUUGACAUGUUUUUAUGUUAUUUAUAUGUAAAAUUUAUAUAUAAAACUAUUUGAACGAGUUAUUCUCCUAAGUUCUUUAAGAUCUUUGCUUGUUUAUGUAAUUUUUCAAAACAAACUUUCUACUAGGAUACAAAAUGAAGUUUUAACUCCUCCCCUAUAUGAAUUAUAAAACAUUCCAAAAUUACAGUCAAAGUGAAGAAGCAUUAUUUUAGUUGUAAAGAUUAAAUACUAGAAGUAAAGAACUGUCCUUCAUAAAAGUCUUGGCAAGUUAUCCCAAUUAAGCUUGUUUUAAUUUAAUUUUGAUAGAGGCUCCAUGUAUUACUCUAUAUUUUUAACUGCCAUGACAUACCUCAAGAUAGUUUUUAUGUUAUUCUUUUCUCUUAUUCUUUAAUUAACGAUUGUCCUUAAUACCAAUUUGUGGGCUAAAGUGGUUAAUUUCUUUCAUUUUUUUUUUAUUAAUAGGUGAUAACCACUUUGUUUUAUGGUACUUAAUUCUGAUUUUUUUCAAGAUUCUCCUGAUGGUAAAUUUCCAGUUGCUUCAAGACUGGAUAGUGUGCAUUGCAUUUUUUAUCUCCCAAUAUGACCAUUCCUGAAUCAGGAGUCUUAACAAUUAAACUGUUAUAAAUGAGAGAGGGAACAUAAGUAUAAUAUGAUUCUGAACCAUUGGAGCCAAUAAGAAAAAUGACAGAUUUGAGCUUUAUUUAUAGAAAUGAAGUCAUGCUUGCAUGUGUAUACUUUAACGCACUUUAGUCUAUGACCUAAAUGUUCUUUAAUGCUACUAUUUUCUGCAUGCAAACAUCAGCAUGAAUGUCAGCAAAGUCCACUGAACACAGUGCCCCCAGCACUUGUAGAGCCUUCUCAGAGAUAUGCUUUCUCAUAAUUGUUUAUAACAAGCAUCGAGCAAUCCCCACAAAACAGCUAUCAGAUUCACCAGACUAGCACAUCUAUUCUGUUAUUUUAGGAUAUAAAAGAACAUUUGUGACAUGUUUGUAAGUUGUAAAUAAUAGCUACAGUAUCAUAUCAUAUUUAUCUAAGACUUUAGGGACCAAUUCUUUUCUAGAGUGAAACUGUCGAUUAAUGGUUUCUAAGAAAACUGAAUUCUUUGGCUCUUAAAUGUGGGAAAAUGUUACAUAGGGGUAUAAUCUGUUAAUAUAAACUUUAUUUAUGCCAAGAUUUUUUUUUAACAUUAGGAAAAUAAUGGAAGUUGGUUAGACCAAAGUUUGCUCUUAUAAGAAUGCUGUUUGUCAGCUUCUGAAUACCCUUGUAAGUCUAUCUAUGGUCCUCAAGAGUAUCUGGUUGAUGGAAUGAAGUUUUGCAAAAAUAAAGCACCACUGCAGUCAUGCCUGGUGUCUGGAUGAAGCAAAAUAGACUAGGUCGGUGGUUUAAAAGGGUUUUUUUUAACUCAAGAAACCCUUUUUUCAAAUAAAUUUUUUCAUAGAGAAGUUCAGCAUUUAAAGGAAACUAAUAACAGAGCUGCUCUGGUUAAAGCUCCUUGCAAGCCUUCCCCACACACUUGUGCAGAGCUCAGGAGUCCAACACUGAAAACCUUGGACUGGAUCACCUUUUAAAUUCCCUUUGAGCAUUACAGUCUCACUUUAUUACUCCUGCUACUCCUGGCACUUAUAAGCUGGUAACCAUAGAAUCUCUUAGAGCAGCAAAUCACAUCUUUACAAGGUUUCUUCUAUAGUUAUCACAUCUUAAGACUUUUUUCAGAACAAAUUUUUCAAUAUUGUAUGUUUGAGUGAUGAAAUCAAACAUGGUUACUGCUUUUAUGUGGCCAAGUUACCACUGAAUGGAUAAAAAGUUUAGUGUUGGUGGGUGAAGUGGUGUGGCUACAGGGGCCAGGCCACGGUGCCGCGCUUGUGCCAGGGGGCGUCCGCGCCCAGGGCAGAGUAGGGUUACGGGCCACCGCCCCAGAAGCUGAGUGGGCCACAAGCAACCCUCAGCACUCGGGUGCUUCCUCUGCAAAGAGCUGCCAGCUGGCGGACAAGUGCGGCAGGCAGGCCUGACAAAGGGGAGGAAAAAAAAAAAAAAAAGUUUAGUGUUUCAGUUACUUAUGAGCUCAGAACUCAAUUCAUUAAAGUUAUUUUGCCAAGUCUUGCUAAGAUGUAUUGAAAUUUCCAUGCGUACUAGUUAUAUGUAUUUGGAGUCCUAAACUUGAUACUAUGAAAAAAAAUCACUAAAAACAAAUAUAGCAUAAGAUGUGUUUAACUGGGAAGCUUGAUAUUAGUAGGUACUGGAGGACCAAACUUUAUAAAUGGAAAGUUGUAUGUUAUUUUAUAUUAGAGUGGAUCAGUAUUACUAUUUAUCAUUUAUAUAGCAUUUUAUAUUUGCAAAGUAUUUAAUAAUUUUUAUGUUAUUCUUUAAGUAUCUAUGAAAUAGGAUGUUUAUCACAUGAAAGGUAAAGAAAUUAAGGCACAGAACAAUAAAGCAACCUACCUAAGACAACCCAGUGAAACAAUGCAGAAAUUGGAAUUAGAAUGAUCAGAUUUUCUGAAUCCUAGAUUAUCAACUUAAAUCACUGAGGUGUGUUGUGUAUUACUCUAUUUUAUAAGAUGAGUUUAUACAAAUAACAAUUGUUUUAAAGCUGACGUCAUUGUAUGUGGAUAAUAAAUCCUAUACAGAAUAAAUAUUAUGUAAAGGA